ACAGUACUUUCUGUCCCUACUCUACAUCCCUACAGACAUGGGGAAAGGGUUCUUCAUCAGCAAGACAUUGGGGAUAGUUGGUGUGAUCGUGGGGACUGGAGUGGUGGCCGCCAUCAUCGCCCUGUCAGUGGUCUAUAGCCAGGAGAAGGCCAAGAACCAGGAGGCAGCAGAUGGAGGUGGAGUGCCCCCCACCCCCUCCACUCCUAAAGACCCCUGGGACCACUACAGACUGCCUGACUCCCUGUCUCCCGUCUCCUACAACAUCACCCUCUGGCCUCGACUGGUUGUCAAUGCCUCUACUGGCCUCUACAUCUUCACAGGACAGUCAGCUGUGGUGUUCCAGUGUAAGAAGGACACAGAUCUCAUCCUCAUCCACUCUAACAAGCUGAACCUGACUCUGCUCAAUGGCCACCAUGCCAGACUGACUGGCCUGGAUGGAUCUACUGCUCCCACCAUAAAGAAAAGCUGGCUGCAGGUUCCUACUCAGUUCCUAGUGAUCCAGCUGGAUAGUAAUCUGAUGGUGGGGAAACAGUAUGAGCUGUACACUGAUUUUAUAGGAGAACUGGCUGAUGACCUGGGAGGCUUCUACAGGAGUGAAUAUACAGAGGAUGGGAGUCCCCCAGUGAGAAAGUAAGGAAAACAUAAAUGAUAAUUUACAAGCCAUGGAAACCUUAAUAAAAGGGUCACCAAGCCAUGGAAACCUUAAUAAAAGGGUGACCAAGCCAUGGAAACCUUAAUAAAAGGGUGACCAAGCCAUGGAAACCUUAAUAAAAGGGUGACCAAGCCAUGGAAACCUUAAUAAAAGGGUGACCAAGCCAUGGAAACCUUAAUAAAAGUGUCAUCUGUGCCGUACAAUGCUGUUCAUCUGAAGUGCAUUUACUGAUUGGAAUGAUUGAAAAUUACGUUUUGGUUCGUUAAACCUAUUCUAUAAAAUGUGUCUGAAAUCAAAUAACAAAUUUGACAGAUCAAUAUAAUUUAUUAAUUAAAUGACGCUUUCAACACCUCAUGCACAUCCACAUUGAAUAGUGUGGUGGGCAGUGUAGUGGCAGUGGGUGGUGGGGUAGAGUGGGGUAGUGUAGUGAGUGGUGGCAGUGUAGUGGUGGGGUGUGUAGUGUGAGUAGUGGGUAGUGAGUGGGGGUAGUGGGGUAGUGUAGUGGUGGGGUAGUGUAGUGGUGGGGUAGUGUAGUGGUGGGGUAGGUGGGGUAGUGUAGUGGUGGGGUAGUGGGUAUUGUAGUGUGUUUUAGUAGUGUUGGUAGUUGUUGGUGGGGUAGUGUGUGGUGGUAGUUGUGGUGUAGUGUGAGUGUGGUGUGGGUAGUGUGGUGGGGCAGUGUAGUGUGGGUAGUGGGGUUAGUGGAGUGGUGGGUAGUGGGGUUUGUUAGUGUGGUGGGGUAGUGUAGUUGGUGAGUAUGGGUAGUGGAGUGGUGGGGUAUGUGGUAUGUGUGGGGUAGUGUGGUGGAGUGUAGUGGUAGUGGGUUUGGUGGUGUAUUUGUGAGUGGUGGGGGUGGUUGGGGGUUGGUGGGGUGUGUGUGGUGGGUCGUUGUGUUGUGGGUAGUGGUGGUGGUGGGGUCGUGGCGUGUGGAGUUGGUGGGUGGUUUUUGGUGGGUGUGGUGGUGUGGGUUGUGGUUUUCUUUUUGCUUGGGGUUUCUGUGUGGUGGGGUUUUUUGUGGUUGUGGGGUGUUGGGGGUAGUGGGUGUGUGGGGUUUCGUGUGUGGUGGGUUUUGGGUAUGUGGGUCGUGGGGUGGAUGUGGGCAGGUGUGGGGUUGGGUGGGGUAGUGGUGGGGGGUGUGUGUGGUGGGGAGUUAGUUGUUGGGGUGGGGUGGGGGGGUGGGAGUUGGUGUGUGUUGGUGGUGUGUGAGUAGUGGGUGGGUGGGUGUGUACGUGUGGGGUGGUUGGGUGUAUGGGGUGUGUUAUUGGUUGGGUCGUGUGUGGUGGGGUUGUGUGUUGGGGGUAGUGUGUGUGGUGUGGGGUCGUGUCGUGGUGUGUUGUCUGUUUGGGGUAGGUUUGUGUUGUGUGGUGUGGUCGUGGGGUAGUUAGUGGUGUAGUUGUAGUGGUCUAGUUGUUGUUGUGUGGUUGGGGUGUGGGUAGUGGGUAGUGUAUGUUGUGGUGGGUCGUUUUGUUCGUGGGGUGGUGGGGUUGUUUCGUAGUUGUGGGUCGGUGUGGGGUGGGGUUGGUGUGGUGUGGGGUAUGGUGUUGGUUGUGUCGUGGGGUCGUGUGUGUGGGGUGUGUCGUUGGUGGGGGGGGGGGGGGGGGGGGGGUGGUUUAGGGGGUGGGGGGAGGGGGGGGGGGUGGGGAGUGGGGGGGGGAGGGUGGUGGGGGGGGGGGGGGGGGGGGGAGGGUGGGGUGGGGGGGGGGGAGGAGCUUUGGGGGGGGGGGGGGAGGGGGGGGGGGGGGGGGUGUGGGGGGGUAGGGGGGUGGGGGUUUUGGGGUGGUAGGUGGGGGGGGGGGGGGGGGGGGGGUUGGGUCGUGGGGGUGGGGGGGGGAGGGGGGGGGGGGGGGGGUGGGGUUGGUGGGGGGGGCGGGGGGGGGGGUUUGGGGGGGGGGGGUUUCGGGGGGGGGGGGGGGGGGGAGGGGGGGUUUUGGGGGGGUGGGGGGGGGUGGGGGGGGGUUGGAGGGGUGGGUUUGGGGGGUGGGGUGGGGGGAGGGGGGGGGGGGGGGGGUGGGGGGGUGUGGGGGGGGGUGGGUUCGGGGGAGUGGGGGGGGUGGGGGGGGGUGUGGGGGGUUGGGGGGUGGGGGGGUGGAGGGGUUUGGGGGGGGUGGGGAGGGGGGGGGGGUUUUGGGCGUGUUUUGGGGGGGGGGAAAGGGGGGGGGGGGGGGCGUGGGGGGGGGGGGGGGGGGGGUUGGGUGGGGGAGGGGGGGGGGGGGUGGGGGUAGGGGGGGGGGGUUUGGGGGGGUGGGGGGUGGGGGGGUUUUGGGUUAAGUGGUGGGGUAGUGGGGGUGGGGGUUGGGGUGGGUGGUCUGGGUGGGGGGUAGUGGUGUCUUGGCGUGUGGGGUGGUCGGGGUUGGGUGGUGGGGUAGUGUAGAGGUGGGGUGUGGGGGUGGAGUUGUGAGUGGGCAGUGGGUGGUGGGGGGUGGGGUAGUGGGGUGGUGGAGUAGUGUAGAGGUGGGGCAGUGGGGUGGUGGGGUAGUGGGGUGGUGUAGUGGUGGGGUAGUGGGGUGGUGGGGUAGUGGAGUAGUAGGUGGUGGGGUUGUGGAGUGGUGGGGUGGUGGGGUAGUGUAGUGGUGGGGUAGUGGGGUAGUGGGGUAGUGGAGUGGCGGGUAGUUGUCGAGGUGGGGUGUGUAGUGGUGGGGGUAGUGGAUGCGGGGUUGUAGUGGCGGGGUAGUGGGUAGUCAGGGUGGUGGGGUAGUGGAGUGGUGGGGUGGUGGGGUAGUGUAGUGGUGGGGUAGUGUAGUGGUGGGGUAGUGGAGUAGUAGGGUGGUGGGGUAGUGUGGUGGGGUAGUGUAGGGUGUGUGAUGUGGGUAGUGGGGGUGGGGGGGUAGUGGGUGUGGGGGUGGUGUGGGUCUGGGUGGUGGGUGGGGGGGUGGGGUAGUGUAGUGGUGGGGUAGUGGGGUAGUGGGGUAGUGGAGUGGCGGGGUAGUGUAGUGGCGGCAGUUUAUUAGAAGAGUUGGGGUUGUGGUUUAUUGGGGGCGUGGCUUUUAGGCUGUUAUUUUUGCACACCCGUCAGAGUGAAUGUCAUUCCAGUUAAUAUGGUCUAUUGUAUUAAUAUCCUUAACAACCAACACCUGUAAUGAUAUUUGCAUAAGAUACACUGUAAAACAUUGACUGCCACUGAUGUCAUUGUUCAUCUGAGCUGCUGUUAUUGAUCGGUAUGUGCUUUGGGUUGUAUGUUCAACAUAUUCAAUUAGUCUGAAGUUAAACAAUGAAUUUGGGAGAUCAUUGUGUUUGAACCGACUGCAGGUUCUAAAUUGCUUUCAACACAUCAUGCUCUUUGCCACCCGUCAGAGUGAAUGUCAUUCAAAUUCAUCUGUUCUGUUGUAUUCCCCAAGCAGAGAUUUGCUUGUACACUGAAUCUGCAAUGAUACUUAGAAACCUGGUUAAGGCGUCCAUUGAUUAGAUAUGUCCAUUUGCCUACAAUAGGGUGGCAAGUAGCCCAUCGGUCACUGGUUCGAAUCCCCGAGCCGACUAGGUGAUAAAUCUGGCUCUGAACCCCAACUGCUCUGGAUAAGAGCGUCUCUGUCCCUGAGCAAGGCUCUGAACCCCAACUGCUCUGGAUAAGAGCGUCUCUGUCCCUGAGCAAGGCUCUGAACCCCAACUGCUCUGGAUAAGAGCGUCUCUGUCCCUGAGCAAGGCUCUGAACCCCAACUGCUCUGGAUAAGAGCGUCUACUAAAAUGUAAAUAUUGUGACCGUUAAAGUUUUAUGUAAAGAUCAAUUCGGAGUAAUUAUUGAAUGUUAUUGAACCAGUGUAAUUUCUCAUUUUGCGGGGAAUUGAUUGAACUGCUUGUACCGCAAUUGAAGCGUUUUGGAUAGGUAAUUCCAAAGUGAAAAAUCAACUCUGAACAAGAUGAAAAAAUGGGUGCAUUUACAUGAAAUAAUAUUUAGUAUUCAACUGAACUUUGGGUUUACAGUGACUUGAUUCAUUGGACUUUUAAUCACUUGAAGUAAUUUGUUGACGUUGAUCCAAAGACAAAUUUGAUACUGUAAUACAGAGUGCUGAUUCAUGAUGAAUUGUUCUCAUCAAAUCAAGGUUUAUUUGUCAUAUACACAGGGUACAGCGUAGUGAACGAUGAAACGCUUCCUGGCAGCUCUCCUCUGGAACAGUUGUUCAUGUGUAUACCACAGGAGGUUGGGGACACCUUCAUUGGGGAGAACAGGCUCGUUCUAAUGACUGGAGCGGAAUCGGUGGAAUGGUAUCAAAUACAUUAAACACAUGGUUUCCAGGUGUUUGACUCCAUUCCAUUGGCUCCGUUCCAGACAUUAUUAAGAGCCGUCCUCCCCUCAGCAGCCUCCAGUGGUAUACCAUGGGGGUGCAGUUCAAUAUUUUCCAAGUGCAAUGUAUUCUGAACAUUCUCACCAGUCAGUGCUUUAGGUAAUUAACUGAUGGUCCUUGAACUAAGACACUCAGUACCUUUACCUUUCAAUGUGAACUUCAAACCGCUUCAACUGCUGAUAAGAGUCUUAUCAAACUGCAACUGCAACAUGCAAUAUGAAUGUAUUGACUCUACGUCUAACUGUAACAGUCUUGUAGUACAGCAGUAUUAACAAGCGCAACAUAUUUCAGUAAUAACUACAAUAUGCAGAAGGAUUUAUAAGUGUGAAUGACUGAAUGCAUUGCACCUACAGUCACUAUGUCUAAACUGUAACUGUCCAGUCUUCAGUGCUGUUGUGAUACCGGUUGCUGUGUGUGUCGGUAGAGUUGUAGCAACCACUCAGAUGCAGCCUGUGGACGCCAGGAAAGCCUUCCCCUGCUUUGAUGAACCUGCCAUGAAGGCCGUGUUCCACAUCACCCUCCUCCACGCACAUGGAACCGUGGCUCUGGCCAAUGGCAUGAAUCUAGGUAAGCAUGGAACCGUGGCUCUGGCCAAUGGCAUGAAUCUAGGUAAGCAUGGAACCCUGGCUCUGGCCAAUGGCAUGAAUCUAGGUAAGCAUGGAACCGUGGCUCUGGCCAAUGGCAUGAAUCUAGGUAACAUGGAACCUGGCUCUGGCCAAUGGCAGAAUCUGUACGCAUGGAACCCUGCUCUGCCAAUGCAUGAAUCUAGGUAAGCAUGGAACCCUGGCUCUGGCCAAUGGCAUGAAUUCUAGGUAAGCAUGGAACCCUGGCUAAGCAUGGAACCCUGGCUCUGGCCAAUGGCAUGAAUCUAGGUAAGCAUGAACCCUGGCUCUGGCCAAUGGCAUGAAUCUAGGUUAAGCAUGGAACCCUGGCUCUGGCCAAUGGCAUGAAUCUAGGUAAGCAUGGAACCCCUGGCUCUGGCCAAUGGCAUGAAUCUAGGUAAGCAUGGAACCCUGGCUCUGGCCAAUGGCAUGAAUCUAGGUAAGCAUGGAACCCUGGCUCUGGCCAAUGGCAUGAAUCUAGGUAAGCAUGGAACCCUGGCUCUGGCCAAUGGCAUGAAUCUAGGUAAGCAUGGAACCCUGGCUCUGGCCAAUGGCAUGAAUCUAGGUAAGCAUGGAACCCUGGCUCUGGCCAAUGGCAUGAAUCUAGGUAAGCAUGGAACCUGGCUCUGGCCAAUGGCAUGAAUCUAGGUAAGCAUGGAACCCUGGCUCUGGCCAAUGGCAUGAAUCUAGGUAAGCAUGGAACCCUGGCUCUGGCCAAUGGCAUGAAUCUAGGUAAGCAUGGAACCCUGGCUCUGGCCAAUGGCAUGAAUCUAGGUAAGCAUGGAACCCUGGCUCUGGCCAUGGCAUGAAUCUAGGUAAGCAUGGAACCCUGGCUCUGGCCAAUGGCAUGAAUCUAGGUAAGCAUGGAACCCUGGCUCUGGCCAAUGGCAUGAAUCUAGGUAAGCAUGGAACCCUGGCUCUGGCCAAUGGCAUGAAUCUAGGUAAGCAUGGAACCCUGGCUCUGGCCAAUGGCAUGAAUCUAGGUAAGCAUGGAACCCUGGCUCUGGCCAAUGGCAUGAAUCUAGGUAAGCAUGGAACCCUGGCUCUGGCCAAUGGCAUGAAUCUAGGUAAGCAUGGAACCCUGGCUCUGGCCAAUGGCAUGAAUCUAGGUAAGCAUGGAACCCUGGCUCUGGCCAAUGGCAUGAAUCUAGGUAAGCAUGGAACCCUGGCUCUGGCCAAUGGCAUGAAUCUAGGUAAGCAUGGAACCAUGGCUCUGGCCAAUGCAUGAAUCUAGGUAAGCAUGGAACCCUGGCUCUGGCCAAUGGCAUGAAUCUAGGUAAGCAUGGAACCCUGGCUCUGGCCAAUGGCAUGAAUCUAGGUAAGCAUGGAACUCUGGCUCUGGCCAAUGGCAUGAAUCUAGGUAAGCAUGGAACCCUGGCUCUGGCCAAUGGCAUGAAUCUAGGUAAGCAUGGAACUCUGGCUCUGGCCAAUGGCAUGAAUCUAGGUAAGCAUGGAACUCUGGCUCUGGCCAAUGCGAAUGGAACUGGAAUCUGGCCUGGCCUGGCCAAUGAUUUGGUAAGCAUGGAACCCUGGCUCUGGCCAAUGGCAUGAAUCUAGGUAACAUGGAACUCUGGCUCUGGCCAAUGGCAUAAAUCUAGGUAAGCAUGGAACUCUGGCUCUGGCCAAUGGCAUGAUCAGGUAAGCAUGGAACCUGGCUCUGGCCAAUGGCAUGAAUCUAGGUAAGCAUGGAACCCUGCUCUGGCCAAGGGCAUGAAUCUGGUAAGCAUGGAACCCGGGCCCUCUGGCCAAUGGCAUGAAUCUGGUAAGCAGGGAAACCCUGGCUCUGGCCCAAGGGCAUGAAUCUAGGAAAGCAUGGAACCUGGCUCUGGCCAUGGCAUGAAUCUAGGGCAAGGCCUGGCGGCCCAUGGCACCCUGGAAAUAAAAACCCUGGUGGCAAGGGAAAACCUGGUGGAAAUGGAAAUGCUUCGCCAAGGGAAAACCCGGUUUGGCAUGAAUCAUUAAUCAAAUGAACCCUGGCUCUGGCCAAUGGCAUGAAUCUAGGUAAGCAUGGAACCCUGGCUCUGGCCAAUGGCAUGAAUCUAGGUAAGCAUGGAACCGUGGCUCUGGCCAAUGGCAUGAAUCUAGGUAAUUGGAACCUGGCUGGCCUGGAUGAAUCUUCAUACGUGGCUCGCAAUGGCAUGAAUCUAGGUAAUCAUGGAACCCUGGCUUGGCAUGCAUAUCUGGAAUACCCUGGCUCUGGCCAAUGGCAUGAAUCGGAAGCAUGGAACCCGGCUCGGCAAUAUGAAUCUAGGUAAGCAUGGAACCCUGGUCUGGCAAUGGCAUGAAUCUAGUAAGCAUGGAAACGUGGCUCUGCCAAUGGCAUGAAUCUAGGUAUGUGUGCUGUUGGCUGCUUCUAGGUCCAAAGGGGAUGGGAUCUGUGAUCUGUUUCCUAGAUUAUAGUUAGAGAGUUUAAUGCUACAAUCUGCCAAAUGUACCUCUCGCUCAGACUGAGAGAACCAGUUCUGCCAAACUCUCAACAACUGUCUGAAGAAAAUACAAGCAUUGCAUUUUUUAGUCUUUUUUAAAGUAAGCUGCUAUACAAAUAUACUUUGUAGGCUUUUCCACUGCCGUACUCAGCUGACUAUAUACUAAGUUGUGUAACCUUCUAGAAUCUAUGGUAGAACCUCAGAGAGUUCCUGUUGUCACUGGAGGGAUCUGAACUCUGGUCUCCUGCUGGGAAAACCAAUGUGUCGUCUCUGCUACGCUCACUAACCCGUUUCUCUCUCCACCUGUAGCCUCAGUCAACGUCACUGUCAACGACCAGGAUGUUACUCGGACCAGCUUCAAACCCACACCCCUCAUGUCAACCUAUCUACUGGCCUUUGUAGUCAGUGAGUUCGAUUUCAUCCGGUCACCAGAAGGGGAAAAGGUUUUGGUACGUAUUAUUAACAGCUCUGGAUCUUAUUGGUCUGCGUUGGGGAGAAGUUUCCCCUUCGUACAGAUCUAGGACCAGCUUCCCCUCCCCAAAUCCUCAGUUAUCCCAGAACUCUAAAAUCUCGCGUAAUUUGGUCAGGUGUUUACGUAGUCUGUUCACGGGAGAUGACCCAAACCUUAAAGGGAUACCGCUCUUGGAAAGUAGAUAAACGGCCUCCUGGUCAAAAUCCCGAAGUCUCCCUUUAACCAUUAGUAGUGAAAAUGCAAAACUGACCCCAGAUCAGCGUCUAGGGGAAACGUCAGCAUACUACACCGUUGUGUCUUCAGGACGAGGGAGACGUUAUUGGUUUAUUUCUCUGUGCUGCCCUCUAGCGGUCUCUCCAGCUCAGUACAGCUGACAGGGCAGACCAGGGGACAGUAUCUCAUGAAGGAAAACAUGUCUUUAUUUCCAGAUCAGGAUUUGGGCUCGUAAACAGGCCAUUGCUGAAGGCCAGGGAGAUUACGCCCUCAAAAAAACUGGACCAAUCCUGGAGUUCUUUGAAAAAUACUACAACUCUAGCUAUCCUCUGACCAAAUCAGGUAAGACUUAAAGAGCUACGUAAUAUUCUUACUCUCAGAUUCCCCGUCUGUUGUUGAAGAGGAUACGCAUAUUCAGAGUGCGUCCCAAAUGACGCCCUAUUCCCUUGUGUGGUGCACUACUUUAGACCAGGGCCCACAGGCCUCUAGACAAAAGUAGUGUACUAUAUAGGGAAUAGGGCACCAUUUGAGAUAUGUACGCUCCUGUGUGUUGUAGACCAGAUAGCUCUGCCUGACUUCAGUGCUGGAGCCAUGGAGAACUGGGGUCUGAUCACCUACAGAGAGACAGCCCUGCUCUUCAACCCUGUUAGCUCAUCCAACGCAGACAAAGAGUGGAUCGCUACCGUCAUCUCUCAUGAACUGGCUCACAUGGUAUGUUUUACAGUCAAUACUAUACUGUUAUAUAUACGGAGUGGCUGCAGAUGGCUCCCUGGUAUGUUUUACAGUCAAUACUAUACUGUUAUAUAUAAGGAGUGGCUGCAGAUGGCUCCCUGGUAUGUUUUACAGUCAAUACUAUACUGUUAUAUAUACGGAGUGGCUGCAGAUGGCUCCCUGGUAUGUUUUACAGUCAAUACUAUACUGUGAUAUAUACGGAGUGGCUGCGCUUCAAUUUUUUCUGGAAUCCAAAUUGUCAUGGCUAAAAAUACAGAGAUUUCUGCGCCUGUGGCAGGAUUUUCUUUUAAGGUAGCUCAGUGUCCACUCCACUGACUACAUAGCUGAGUGUCCACUCCACUGACUACAUAGCUGAGUGUCCACUCCACUGACUACAUAGCCGAGUGUCCACUCCACUGACUACAUAGCUGAGUGUCCACUCCACUGACUACAUAGCCGAGUCCACUCCACUGACUACAUAGCCGAGUGUCCACUCCACUGACUACAUAGCUGAGUGUCCACUCCACUGACUACAUAGCUGAGUGUCCACUCCACUGACUACAUAGCUGAGUGUCCACUCCACUGACUACAUAGCUGAGUGUCCACUCCACUGACUACAUAGCCGAGUGUCCACUCCACUGACUACAUAGCCGAGUGUCCACUCCACUGACUACAUAGCCGAGUGUCCACUCCACUGACUACAUAGCUGAGUGUCCACUCCACUGACUACAUAGCUGAGUGUCCACUCCACUGACUACAUACAGUGCAUUCAGAAAGUAUUCAGACCCCUUGACUUUUUCCACAUUUUGUUACGUUACAGCCUUAUUCUAAAAUGGAUGAAAUUAAAAUGUUCCCUCGUCAAUCUACACACAAUACCCCAUAAUGAAAAAGUGAAAACGGGUUUUUAUAAAUUUUGGCACAUUUAUUAAAAAUAAAAACAGAAAUACGUUAUUUACAGAAGUAUUCAGACCCUUUGUUAUGAGACUCGAAAUUGAGCUCAGGUGCAUCCUGUUUCCAUUGAUCAUCCUUGAGAUGUUUCUACAACUUGGGAGUCCACCUGUGGUAAAUUCAAUUGAUUGGACAUGAUUUGGAAAGGCACACACCUGUCUAUAUAAGGUCCCACAGUUGACAGUGCAUGUCAGAGCAAAAACCAAGCCAUGAGGUCGAAGGAAUUGUCCGUAGUGCCCUGAGACAGGAUUGUGUCAAGGCAGAGAUCUGGGGAAGGGUACCAAAACAUUGAUGCAGCAUUGAAGAUCCCCAAGAACACAGUGGUCUCCAUCAUUUUUAAAUGGAAGAAGUUUGGAACCACCAAGACUCUUCCUUGAGCUGGCCGCCCGGCCAAACUGAGCAAUCGGGGGAGAAGGGCCUUGGUCAGGGAGGUGACCAAGAACCCGAUGGUCACUCUGACAGACCUCCAGAGUUCCUCUAUGGAGAUGGGAGAACCUUCUAGAAGGAAAACCAUCUCUGCAACACUCCACCAAUCAGGCCUUUAUGGUAGAGUGGCCAGACGGAAGCCACUCCUCAGUAAAAGGCACAAGACAGCCCGUUUGGAGUUUGCCAAAACGCACCUAAAGGACUCUCAGACCAUGCGAAACAAGAUUCUCUAGUCUGAUGAAACCAAGAUUGAACUCUUUGGCCUGAAUGCCAAGCGUCACGUCUGGAGGAAACCAGGCACCAUCCCUACGGUGAAGCAUGGUGGUGGCAGCAUCAUGCUGUGGGGAUGCUUUUCAGUGGCAGGGACUGGGAGACUAGGAUUUGGGUUGGCAGAUUUAGAAAUAUUUCCAUAGGUAUCCCUAAGGCCCCUGGGCUAAAUGGUGUGUGCAUUGAUUAGUUUAGUGAAGUGUGGGAUGGGAGAGUUCUGAUAGCAGCCUGUCCGUGUCAUGGGUGUUCAGUUUGGCUGUUUCGGGUUACUCGUCCAGAGACCUGCUGUCUGGUUGGGGGAGCCUGUCUGCAACCUGGGACCUCUGCAGGGAUUUAGCAAAUGUCAGGCAGAUCUGCUCCCAUCUGCUCUCCAAAGACAUGAUUCCUAGAGUUUCGAGGGCUUCACAAAAGCUGGUGUACAACUCGCCCAUAAUUAUUCUGCAGGCUGUCUUCUGGACGCUCUCCAGCUGAGCAGACAGAGGUUGAGAGAGGCCAGGGAGCCAGGCAGCGACAGCAUACUCCAGAACUGGUCUGACGUGGAAAAUAUGGACUUUAGCCUUUACUACUGUAGCCCAUAGAAACACAUUGAAUAACACACUCAUAAAUGGCAAAAAAGACAGUCAAAAAAAUUAAUCAUAAGGAAUAAGGUUUUGAAGUGUUUGUUCUACAGUGGGGAAAAAAAGUAUUUAGUCAGCUUCCAAUUGUGCAAGUUCUCCCACUUAAAAAGAUGAGAGAGGCCUGUAAUUUUCAUCAUAGGUACACGUCAACUAUGACAGACAAAUUGAGGAAAAAAAAUCCAGAAAAUCACAUUGUAGGAUUUUUAUUGAAUUUAUUUGCAAAUUAUGGUGGAAAAUAAGUAUUUGGUCACCUACAAACAAGCAAGAUUUCUGGCUCUCACAGACCUGUAACUUCUUCUUUAAGAGGCUCCUCUGUCCUCCACUCGUUACCUGUAUUAAUGGCACCUGUUUGAACUUGUUAUCAGUAUAAAAGACACCUGUCCACAACCUCAAACAGUCACACUCCAAACUCCACUAUGGCCAAGACCAAAGAGCUGUCAAAGGACACCAGAAACAAAAUUGUAGACCUGCACCAGGCUGGGAAGACUGAAUCUGCAAUAGGUAAGCAGCUUGGUUUGAAGAAAUCAACUGUGGGAGCAAUUAUUAGGAAAUGGAAGACAUACAAGCCCACUGAUAAUCUCCCUCGAUCUGGGGCUCCACGCAAGAUCUCACCCCGUGGGGUCAAAAUUAUCACAAGAACGGUGAGCAAAAAACCCAGAACCACACGGGGGGACCUAGUGAAUGACCUGCAGAGAGCUGGGACCAAAGUAACAAAGCCUACCAUCAGUAACACACUACGCCGCCAGGGACUCAAAUCCUGCAGUGGCAGACGUGUCCCCCUGCUUAAGCAAGUACAUGUCCAGGCCCGUCUGAAGUUUGCUAGAGUGCAUUUGGAUGAUCCAGAAGAGGAUUGGGAGAAUGUCAUAUGGUCAGAUGAAACCAAAAUAGAACUUUUUGGUAAAAACUCAACUUGUCUUGUUUGGAGGACAAAGAAUGCUGAGUUGCAUCCAAAGAACACCAUACCUACUGUGAAGCAUGGGGGUAGAAACAUCAUGCUUUGGGGCUGUUUUUCUGCAAAGGGACCAGGACGACUGAUCCGUGUAAAGGAAAGAAUGAAUGGGGCCAUGUAUCGUGAGAUUUUGAGUGAAAACCUCCUUCCAUCAGCAAGGGCAUUGAAGAUGAAACGUGGCUGGGUCGUUCAGCAUGACAAUGAUCCCAAACACACCGCCCGGGCAACGAAGGAGUGGCUUCGUAAGAAGCAUUUCAAGGUCCUGGAGUGGCCUAGCCAGUCUCCAGGUCUCAACCCCAUAGAAAAUCUUUGGAGGGAGUUGAAAGUCUGUGUUGCCCAGCGACAGCCCCAAAACAUCAUUGCUCUAGAGGAGAUCUGCAUGGAGGAAUGGGCCAAAAUACUAGCAACAGUGUGUGAAAACCUUGUGAAGACUUACAGAAAACGUUUGACCUGUGUCAUUGCCAACAAAGGGUAUAUAACAAAGUAUUGAGAAACUUUUGUUAUUGACCAAAUACUUAUUUUCCACCAUAAUUUGCAAAUAAAUUCAUAAAAAAAUCCUACAAUGUGAUUUUCUGGAUUUUUUUUCCUCAUUUUGUCUGUCAUAGUUGACAUGUACCUAUGAUGAAAAUUACAGGCCUCUCUCAUCUUUUUAAGUGGGAGAACUUGCACAAUUGGUGGCUGACUAAAUACUUUUUUUCCCCACUGUAUAUCUCGGAGAUACAAGAAAACUCUGGAAAUAUUGUAGUUUUUCUUUUUGACACAUAUUUAACCCCUUAUUUUUGUUGGCACAAAACUACCUCCAUACUUCCAUUCAUUUCUAUGAGUUGCCUUCAGACACUACAGACGUUUUUGUGAAAAGACACAUUUAUUGGGAUGUCUCAACCUGAUGUCUCCAGCUUCAACUGACAUUUUGAUGGGGAUUAUUUUAUUAUGUUACUUAGACUGACGCACUGGUGCAUCAAUAGACUCUUAAGGAAUUAUUAAAGUGUUAAAAAAAAAAAAUAAUAAUAAUAAUAAAAUAAAAAAAGUUACAAAGAGAAAUACAUUUAAUAAAUAAAAAUACAAAAAAAAAAAAAUACAAAAAAAUUGGUACAGUGGUUAUCCCACUGGCUAUAGGGUGAAUGCACCAAUUUGUAAGUCGCUCUGGAUAAGAGCGUCUGCUAAAUGACGUAAAUGUAAAUGUUAAUACUAAUAUUAUUUAUUACAUGUAGCCUACGGUGCAUCCCAAAUGGAACCCUGUUCCAUAUAUAGUUCACUACUUUUGACCAGGAGCCUUUGGAAAUAGGGAGCAACCAGAGGCUCCAUGUAAUAGCUCAUUUAACACCUUAUUAAUGUUUGGUGUCCAUAUUAGGACAGUCUCUGGUUAUGAUAUUGCAGCCUGUGUCCUGUCCCUCUCUGCCGCUGUAUGAACGGGGUUUAUGUGUCCUCAGUGGUUUGGGAACCUGGUGACCAUGAAGUGGUGGAAUGACCUGUGGCUCAACGAGGGCUUUGCCUCCUACGUCUCGUAUCUGGGGGCCAACUCUGCUGAACCGACAUGGAACAUUGUGAGUCUUUCUGUUUUUUUAUCAUAUCUGUGGAACGGUACAACUUUAACUGUUACACAGCUCUCCAAAUAUACAUGUUUCUCAAGGAGUUAACCGACAAAGAAAUCUGCUCUCCAAAUUCCAUUUGACGAUAAAAGUGAAAGUCCCGUGUAGCUCAGUUGGUAGAGCAUGGCGUUUGCAAUGCCAGGGUUGUGGGUUCGUUUCCCACGGGGGGACCAGUAUGAAAAAAAAAAUGUAUGCACUUUAACUGUAAGUCGCUCUGGAUAAGAGCGUCUGCUAAAUUACUAAACAUUUUAAAAGCGGAGGCCUUCUGUGUUGACCUGUUAACUCUCUCUCCACAGACAGACCUGAUAGUGCUGAAUGAGGUGCAUGGUGUGAUGUCUGCAGACGCACUGGCCUCCUCUCACCCUCUCUCUGCUAAAGAGGAAGACAUCAUGAGACCUGCACAGAUCAGUGAACUGUUUGACUCCAUCACCUACAGC